UAAGCUCGAGUAACAUGACAUCGGGUAUCUGUUUAAAAUGAACACCGUGAACGAUAACGACACGGCUAGACCACCUAUCGAAAAGAACGCCAAAGCGAAAUACAUACUCAAAAAGAUCAAACUGAAGGUGAGGCAGGGUGCGUUUUCCGAAAAAAUCUCGGAGUUGCCUUCGACGUCUUCAGCAGACAGACAAACGCCGGAGGGAGACGAGAAUUUGAUGUUUUCAAAAUCGGCGUCGGAGACGAAUCUGAGCGAAUCGCAGACUGUGACGUCGAACGGAAACGACGCUAAGUUGAACGUCGAAGAGAAUAAGAACGUGGACGGCUUGCAUGCCUUUGAACGGGCCAAAUCAUUGGAGACGAUCAAAAGGAUGCCAGCCUAUGGUGAACUUAUAGCCGAUGUGCCUACUAUGACGUCGAGUCCAAAUCAAAUACAUGUCAGGCGUAGAGACCACCUCUAUAAAGUUUUAGUUAUAGGAGAUUUAGCGACUGGAAAAACAUCCAUUAUAAAAAGAUAUGUCCAUCGAUUUUUCUCCCAAAACUACAGGGCUACAAUAGGUGUGGAUUUUGCAUUGAAAGUAAUAAACUGGGAUGAAAAUACUGUAAUAAGACUUCAACUUUGGGAUAUUGCUGGGCAAGAAAGGUAUGGAAAUAUGACAAGAGUUUACUUCAAGGAAGCAGUUGGAGCUUUCAUAGUCUUUGAUUGCACAAGAGUGAAUACAUUCGAAUCUGUUAAAAAUUGGAAAACGGAUUUAGAUUCCAAGGUACUUUUAGCGGAUGGCAGCAAGAUACCAUGUGUUCUCCUAGCGAAUAAAUGUGAUCAACCCAAGGAAGGAAUUGUUAACAACAAUAGUCAAAUGGAUGAGUAUUGUAAAACAGAAGGAUUUGCAGCAUGGUUUGCUACUUCAGCUAAGGAUAAUAUCAACAUAGAUGAGGCAGCUAAAAUUUUGAUUGAAAAGAUACUAGAGAAAGAAACUGUCCUUAAUGUGAAUAAGGACGGUGACCAAUUUUCAAUUCAAGAGGACAAUACGGAGCAAAAUCAUGGGAAUAAGAAGUGCGCAUGUUGAUGUCGACUGAGAUGUAAAUACUUAUUUGUCCUGUUUUGUGGUCAAUUAUCAAUUUAUCAUUCAUAAUUAUUAUUCAUUGCUCAGGUGUACCUGAGUAUAAUUUUUUAUGGUAGUGUCAAUAGAUUGUUAGGAAUAUGUAUCCUUUUUAAGAAAUAAAAAAAAACAUUUUCUAUACCCAA